AUGACAGCACAAAGCAUCGCACAAGGAAACAUUCCGCGAGACCUAGCCCUCGAAACACUUGUGACGCUGCAAGAAAUCCUCUUCCCACUCGACUCAGACUCUCAAUCUCUCUUGCGCGCGCUUGUUAGCAAACAAGGAUAUGACCCUGAAUGCUUGCGUGUAGAUAUCCGAGAAUACCGCCGAGCGGAGGAAAAGACGGUGCAGCUGCGGUACUGGAGCACAAGGCUAGAGGAUUUGUACGAGUAUAUGCAGAAUCCUACGCCGAGCGGCUAUAUAGAAAAAUGGAUGGAACGCAGAAGCGGCGCAAGGUACGUGAUGAUGGCGACGCUUGGAGGUGUCAUCUUUGCUGUGAUUCUAGGUAUAUUAAGUCUGGCUGUGAGUAUCUUCCAGGCAUGGGUAGGGUAUCAGCAGUGGCAGCAUCCUAUAAAUCCCAGUUGA